AUGAGAAUCAACGUCUUUACCAUCCUGUCCCUUCUCUUCGCCAGCAAUCUCGCCAUGGCUACAACCAGAUACACCGAGCCGAUCCCCGAGGGAAUCCCCGUCCUCGAGACCCGCCAACAACUCAACGACAUGGCAGACCAAUAUCCCACGGGGACUCUGGACGAUCGAAACGGGGGCUACUACCUGCUCGACCACGACGGCGCCGUCUUGGCCGUUACGUCUGAUGCGCUAUGCGAGGAACUGGACGCCUCGAUGGAACAAGCGAGGAGAUUUCAUGCCGGGAACUUGGACGACGAGGCCGAUGUUGUUCCUAGGGUGACUGCUAUGUUUGUUCGUCGAGCAAACAUUGGUGUUUUUGAUUAUGGACUGGUGCUGCCGCUUGGGGAGGUGGAUGUCUGA